AUGGCAGCCGGCCGGCCGGAGGCGCAGGACCACCCGCCGGAGAACGGCUUCACCCCGCUGGAGCACCCGGCGCCCCGGCUGCUGCCGCACAUCGACGGCUCCGUCCUGCCGUCUCUGGGGGGCUUCGGGAAGCAUCAGAAGCAGCUCGUGGUCCUGACCUGGAUACCAGCAUUGUUCAUCGGCUUUAGCCAGUUUUCGGAUUAUUUCCUCUUGGCGCAACCCAAUGGCACGUGUGUGCAACCUCUGGCCAACGACAGUAACUGGACCGUGUCGUCCCCGCCGGUCACCGCCACCAGCGGCGCGCCCGCGCUGCAACUCAAAGGCAACAGCACCGUGGAGGGCUACGGGGACGGCAGCGGUCUGCUGUGCGCCUGCAAGGAGUGGAGGCUGGAGCUGCAGACGGGACUUAGUCAGAAUGUGGUUACCAAGUGGAACCUGGUGUGUGACUCUGCCUGGAAGGUUCACAUUGCCAAGUUCUCUUUGCUUGUGGGCUCCAUAUUUGGCUACCUAGUGAUGGGUGUCAUGGCUGACUGGUUUGGUCGGCACCCGGUGUUGAUUCUCUCGGUGCUUUUCAUGCUGGUGUUUGGUCUGAGUGUUGCCUUCUCUGUAAAUGUCACCAUGUUCAGCACCUUGCGCUUCUUUGAGGGUUUCUGCUUGGCGGGCCUCGCUCUCUCCCUCUACGUGCUCAGGAUCGAGCUUUGUUUGCCAGGCUGGCGUUUCUCCAUGACCAUGGUGGCCAGUUUUCUGAUGGUGGGCGGGCAGCUACUGAUGCCAGGGGUGGCCGCUCUGUGCCGCAAUUGGCCAAACCGGGAUGACUGGCAGGUCCUGCAGAUCGUCAUAAUCAGCCCUUUCGUUCUGAUGCUGCCCUAUGUAUGGAUUUUUCCCGAAUCGCUGCGCUGGUUGCUGGCCACCCAGCACUACAGGCGAUCCAAAGCCAUGAUGCUGCGCAUCGCCAGGAAGAACCAGGUUGACAUGACAACGGAGCCCAGCGGAGUUCUUACAGAGCUGGAGCAGGAGCUGCACAAGAAACCCCAGAGGACCUGCAUUGUCAAGAUGAUGAGCACCAGGAACCUGUGGAAAAACAUUGUGGUGCUGUGUGUCAACUCUCUCACAGGUUAUGGGAUUCACCACUGCUUUGCCCGCAGUAUGAUGGACCCUGAGGCCCAGCCCACUGCUUUGUGCCAUGCUGACUAUUACACCAUGGCUGGCAUCGCCGUGGCAACAUGCCUGGCACUUUGCCCCGCGGUGGGGUUGAUGGGUCGGCGUGGAGGGCUGCUAACUUUCAUGAUCAUAACGGCCCUGGCAUCACUACUUCAGCUCGGUUUGCUUAACCUGAUUGGGAAGUACAGUCUUCGCCACGACACAGUUCUUCGAGACACUCUGAACAGGAAAUUCUCUGUGGCCUUCUCCAUCAUUGGCAUGUUCUCCUCUCAUGCUGUCAGCAUACUCAGCAUCUUCUUUUGUGCAGAAAUCACCCCUACUGUCAUCAGGGGUGGAGGGCUGGGCUUGGUUCUCGCCAGUGCCGGCUUUGGCAUGCUCACCGCACCCAUUAUGGAACUCCACAACCAGAAGGGCUACUUCCUGCAUCAUGUGAUCUUUGCCUGCUGCACCCUUUUGUGCAUCAUCUGCCUGCUGCUGCUUCCUGAGCCGCGAGGUCAGCCGCUGCCGGAGAGCCUGGCUGACGGGGAGACCUUCACCCGGCAGACGCUGCUCCAUCCAGGAGAGCAGCACCUCCUUCUUGCCAAGAGCGACAGGGACUACUCCCGCGUCCAUGACACACCGUUACACCUCUCAGCCACCGGGGGCGCGACAGUGGCAGCAGCCACCGCUCUGGCAGCGGUACCUGCCUCAUACGCACUUGCAACUGGUGGGGAGGUGAUUGGAAAUCGUGCCAUAGCCAAUGGAGUGUGAGCAUCAGAGCAAUACUCUACUACUGUGCUAAUAACUGCUCCAGCAUUAACCUGACUGAACAGUCACUGAACUUGUGAACAAAACCUUUAAGGGAAAAGAAUUGUUCGGAUGAACCAGAUGAACUCUUGUUGUGGUGAGGUUUGAAAUGAUGAUUAUAGUAAAUUUGUGUAAUUUGUAGUGACUAUGAUUCAUUCAGGAGUUGCCAAAAACUAUUGUACUGGACUAAACUUAUCUGAAGUCAGUGUGUGUUAAAUAAUAUGAACGUCUUCAGUGGUGUUGGUGAUUUUCUUGAGCUGCUGUCUGCUCUGUCAGGAGUGUUUUACAGAUAAAAUAAGCAGACACAGACAAGUGAAGAGGCAAAGUACAGUAGAUUACCUUUUAAUAAUGUGUGCUCUGUGAGUUUUCUGUUUGUAGUUUUGACUAGUUGAAACAGGAUUUCACUGCAUCUUAUAAUUCUUUAUAAGUUAUUUUGCACUAAAUGUCAGAGACACAAUCAAGUGUUUGUGAUUUUUAGCCAACACAUUGGGAGAUCCAGGGAUUGGCUAAACCACUACCACUCUUUUUGCAUGAAAGGGCACAAAUGGUUUUACAUGUUUUUUCUUCUUCAUUUGUGGUCUCACUACUACAAGUCCAAUGUGGCACUUUAUCCUCCAAGGUGAGGUCAGUGUAGACACUGAUUUCUAAAUCAGCAUUACUACUGUGGUGGGCGUAUGAUGGUUGUCAGAUGUGACGAACAGCCGGAGACCUUGGCAGACUGUAUGUGUAGCCUUUACAGACUGUGCUUAUUGCUAAAACAAAUCUGAGAGCUGAACGGACAUUUGAGUGACUUGUCGGUCCACUGAUCUGUCUUAUGAUGCAUCUCAGCAUUUAAAUGGCUUUAUCAUGAUGGCUCUGUUCUUUUAACAAAACAGAGACGAUACAAUGUAAUUUAAAAAAAACAAAAAAAAAAACAGUAUUUAUUUUGUCAUGUUGCCAAGGGCAAUUUUGUUGCUUGAAAUACCUCCUUAAUUAGCAAAUAUUUCCAUUCCAGCUCUCACUCCUUGUUCUCUGUACUGUGGUAAUGUUGUAAUCCUGCUCCUAGGAAGUGUAACUCUAGCCAGAAAGCACAAUAUUUUACAGUUUUUUGAAAUAAACGUUUGUGAAGCUUAGAAUAGAGCAGCAUAGUCUGCAUAGACCUGGCCUAGUUGUGAUCAGUGUACAUUUAUACACUUUACUACGUAAGUAUCCCUUAGGACUGCAAAAAAAAUGUAAGGUAUGCAUACAUAUGCCAUUCAUUCAUAAUGUAUGAAGCAAUCCAUCUCAUAAACCAUUUUUGUGCAAAUAUACCAGAACCCAAACAUACAACACAUCCUCCAUUUUCUGAUUCAUAUUUAGCACACAGUAUGUAUUUUGAACACCCUGUAUGGUUUGCUAGUUUGUAUGUUUUCAGCAGUUAAACAUUCAGAGAGAAAAAAAGGAAAAGAAAAAAAACCCUCAACCACUAAUGCUGUUUUCUAAGUGUUAUUUUUUUAAUAUGAUGCAUUUGUACAAAAAGCCAUAGGCCUACAUGUUUUGAUAAUAAACCACUUAAUUUAUUAUGUCAAUAAAAGAACACUUGAUGUGA